UUAAACGCUCGUGUUUUGGAAGAAAGGCGGCAACUCCCAAAGCAGCGCGAGGGAGUCUCCCAAAUCCCCCAAAAAUCUCUCUCUCUCUCUCUCUCUCUCUCUCUCUCUCUCUCUCUCUCCCGGUGAGUUCGUAGUUAAAUUCCCCCAAAUUCUCUUACCCUUCUCCUCCUCCUCCCUCCACCUCCGCUCUCUCUACGAGAAGCUCGUCUCGGAGACCUCGCCUUUUUUAGGGUUUCACGUGAUGAAAGGGGCGCAAUUGCGAGCGUGCUCUCCGCGCUAGGGUUUACUCCUCUUGGAUCGGUCGCUCGAGUGCGGAUAAUUUGGUGUGCAGCAGCUUCUUCUGAUCGAGAUUUCAAGGAACGGUUUUAAUACUUUGUCCGGUAGCAGGGUCCAUUUGCAGAAGGGUGAUUUGUUUCCUUUUUAGUAAUCAUGAAAAGUACUGGCCACAUUCGCAAAGCAACUGCUGAAGCGAGAUCAAAGAGCAAACUGGGUUGCGCUAAGUCUGAAACUCUGAAAAUUGGCGGAAGAAGACGUAAAACACCAGAAAAAGCUACUGUAGAAUUCUGUGAAAGGCUUUUGCCUUCUCCUGCUCAAUCAUCCCCUUUACAUACCAACACGAGGCAUAGCUCCCUAGAGACGGCACCUGGAAAUUCUACAGUUAUGGCUGGACGGUAUCCACAAAUAUCUGGAAAAUUUAAGCUUCAGCUAUUUCCAAUAGAUGAUAUCGUGCGAAAAAGGUUGGAACAGGAUAAGCACAAUCCUUACCUGGAAUUGACUUUGACUACUCGAAAGAAAAUAUCCUCGGUGGUGAGGCACCUCAAUAUCAAGUGGGGUAGUUCGGGAACCAAAACAGGAGAGCUUAUGCUAUUGCCUUACAAUUCUAGUCCCAACAAUAUGGUCAGCUACAAAAGGUGGACUUUGAAAGACUCUGACACCACUGCAGCUGAUGUUUAUGCUGCACUUGGUAGCCCAGCUGUUUUUCGCUUGAGAUAUGGUUGGUUCUCUGCUCAAGGUCGAAUACCAGGUGAAGAGAUGGGAAUGGCUAAGGCUGAUAAUACUCCUUUGUCGAAUAACCCAGUUCAAGCAGUGGAGGAUCAAAGGAUAUGUCGUGCCCCUCCGCUUUCAUGGCUCGAUAGCAUUUCCAACAUGAGCUUUGGAGCUCUGUUGCAUGAAGCAUUGCCGCCUCCAGAUGAAAAUGCAAUUCUUGCACAGAACAAUCCGAGUCUUAGUCAAAUCUCUUUCACUUGUGAUUCAUUUGAUGCUGCUAUUGCUUCCCUUAUCGGCUGUCAGCAAAUUAACAACCAGUCCACUCAAGUUUCAAAUUCGUCCAUUUUUAAUUCUGAAGAAACUUGCCAUGCAUUUCAGUUUCAAAACAUUACUCAUUCGACCGAAGCUGGUCCAUCUUCAUCCAAAGAUGUAGCUGCUGCUUCAUGUACUGAGAAUCAAAGCCCAGACGUGCUUUGUGCACCUACAGAGAGUGAUGGCAAAGAUAAUAUGCACCCGACUGAUGAAUCAAAUAGAGACCUGAAAGGGAAUUUAAAGCCUCAUGAUGGGAGUAACCCUUUUGGGAGAGCGGAUAUAAAUUGGCCUGAUUCAGUUGGUCCCUCCGAGCACGUGGCUCCUUGCUCUAGGCAGAUGAGCGGUGGAGACAGUAUUGGUCUUGGUGGAUUGGUCGCGAGCAGUUUAGACGCAUUCCAGAACUUCUCGAUUUUCUGAGAGAGGACGAUUAAUCCUCACCUAAACUUUAGUUUAUGAACUUUGUACAGGAAGGCGGAAUCGUUCACUAGUUUGGAUUUACUUUCCUCACAUUUCAGAAUUUAUAGGCAGUUGUAAUCAGCAUCAUUCUGUAACUAUCAUUUGUAGAAGAUAAUUUCUCAAACUUCUUCUUGACA